UUCAUCUACGAGGAAGUGAAACUCAGUCAGUCGCUGCUGCUCAGAGGAGAAAAUGGCUCAGAAAGGAGUUCAGCUGGACCAAGAAACCUUCUCUUGUUCCAUCUGUCUGGAUCUACUGAAGGAUCCGGUGACUAUUCCCUGUGGACACAGCUACUGUAUGACAUGUAUUAAUACCCACUGGGAUGGAGAGGACCAGGAGGGAAUCCACAGCUGCCCUCAGUGCAGGAAGACUUUCAGACCGAGGCCUGGCCUGGAGAAAAACAUCAUGUUAGCAGCUUUAGUGGAGGAGCUGAAGAAGACUGGACUCCAAGCUGCUCCUGCUGACCACCACUAUGCUGGACCUGAAGAUGUGGCCUGUGAUUUCUGCACUGGGAGGAAGAGGAAGGCUGUCAAGUCCUGUUUGGUUUGUUUGGCCUCUUACUGUGAGAAUCACCUUCAGCCUCACUAUGAUGUACCUCCAAUGAAGAAACACCAGCUGGUGGAGCCCUCCAAGAACCUCCAGGAGAACAUCUGCUCUCGUCAUGAUGAGGUGAAGAAGAUGUUCUGUCGUACUGAUCAGCAGUCUAUCUGUUAUCUCUGCUCUGUGGACCAACAUAAAGGCCACGACACAGUCUCAGCUGCAGCAGAAAGGACUGAGAGGCAGAAAGAGCUGGAGGUGAGUCGACUGAACAUCCAGCAGAGAAUCCAGGACAGACAGAAAGAUGUGAAGCUGCUUCAACAGGAGCUGAAGGACAUCAAGGUCUCUGCUGAUAAAACAGUGGAGGACAGUGAGGAGAUGUUCAGCGAGCUGAUCCAUCUGAUCCAGAACAGAAGCUCUGAGGUGGAGCAGCAGAUCAGAUCCCAGCAGGUGAUUGAAGAGAGUCGAGUCAAAGAGCUUCAGGAGAAGCUGGAGCAGGAGAUCGGGGAUCUGGAGAGGAAAGACGCUGAGCUGAAGCAGCUCUCAGAUACACCAGAUCACAGCCAGUUUCUCCACAACUACCCCUCAGUGUCAGCACUCAGUGAGUCCACACACUCAUCCAGCAUCAGCAUCCGUCCUCUGAGACACUUUGAGGACGUGACAGCAGCUGUGUCAGAGCUCAGAGGUAAAGUAGAGGACGUUCUGAAGGACACCUGGACAAACAUCUCACUGACACUCACUCAGCCAGACGUUUUACUGUCAGAACCAGAACCAGGACCAGGACUAGAACCAAAGACCAGAGCUGGAUUCUUAAGAUAUUCAUCUGAUAUCACUCUGGAUCCAAACACAGCAAUCAGAUAUCUGGUUUUAUCUGAUGGAGACAGAAAAGUAACAGGAGUGAAUCAACAUCAGUCUUAUCCUGAUCAUCCAGACAGAUUCAGUCAUUGGUGGCAGGUUCUGAGCAGAGAGAGUCUGACUGGACGUUGUUACUGGGAGGUGGAGAUGACAGGAAGUGGAUUUAAUGUAGCAGUCGCAUACAAGAAUAUCAGCAGAGUGGGGACAGGGAAGGAGUGUAAAUUUGGCCAAAAUGACAAAUCCUGGGCAUUACAAUGUACUAACAACAGUUUUAUAUUUUGGUUCAACAGCACUAAAACUCCUGUCUCAGGUCCUCAGUCCUCCAGAAUAGGAGUUUAUCUGGAUCACAGUGCAGGUAUUCUGUCCUUCUACAGCGUCUCUGAAACCAUGACUCUCCUCCACACAGUCCAGACCACAUUCACUGAGCCGCGACAUGCUGGACUCUGGCUUUAUUGUGAUGGAGCCACAGCUGAGAUCCCUAAAGUGAAGUAGAGUCACAGAGUUGAUGAAUUUAAGUGUCUGUUUCUUUAUUGUUCUGAGGCUCAUUUCUCAGAUCACAAAUUUGUUUACUUCACUGGAGAAUCUGUAAACUCAGAUAUAGAAAAAUCCUUCAUUCUCCAGAGGGCUUAAUGUGUUGUGGUUUUGCAUUUUAUUUCCUCUCCCUGAUUGUUGUGGAGAGAUCAGCUGUCAGUCCAACAUCAUGAUGUUCUCCACAGUGUUCUCUUGACGUGAUGAAGGUUCUUUCUUGUGUCUGUUCAGUCCUGAAGGCCGUCGCUGCUCAUGAACAUGUAAACUUCUCUGUGCUCUGAAUGUCUCAUAAACAUUUGUACUGAUUAACUUUCUCCACAUCCUGAUAUGCAGCACAGAAAUUUGCAGCAUCUUUCAUUCUGCAUGUUUCAUUUGUGGAUUUGGAGCCUGAUUCUCUUCAUGUUUGUGUUUCCAUUCAUGUAAAUGAUUUCUCUUUGGGUUUCUUCAGCAUGGCUACACAACAUUACAACAAAUACUCUUCAAACUGUCACUAUCAUUAUUAUUAAGACAGCAAACAUUAGCUUGUAUUGCAUGUGGAUGACGUGACUCAUUACAUUAAACAAGAGUCCAAUAAUGA